AUGUCCAGACUAAUUCACACCAAAGAUAUUUUGGGCAUUAUCUUCUUAUUCACGCAGAUAUGCAUAUAUUUUAUAUUGGAAAUGGAGAUACCGAAUAAUCCUGUAACUAUCCUGCUCAUGACAUUCACAUUAUAUCUAUCCACGCUAACAUAUGUGAUGAAUAUGUUGUACAUAAAUUGUGUUUGUGUAUUAAAAGCGUGUUUCAAAAGUAUUAAUGACAAUCUGACACACAUGCAAAGACUCGUGGUAGAAGAUGUGAAAUCAUGUGUUCCUGCAUUUGUCUGUCACACGCGGAAAAAGCAAUUUUUAUUAAAACUUAAUGCCUUGAAGAAGUGGCAUCUGACGAUUAGUGACACAGUGCAAAUGCUGAACUUAAUCUUCAGUUUGCAACUCCUUGCUAUUAUAGUCAUGUCCUUUUGUAAUAUCGCUUUUAAAAUUUACACCCAUAUAGUACGCUGGCAAGAUGGCAUACUCGUUAGUUUAAAUAUGCGAUUUCUCGGCGUGCUUUUAACGUCAAUAUUAUAUUACAUUAUAAAAAUAUCAUUGCUUCUGUGGGCCUGCGAGACUAGCAAGAAUCAAGCUCAAAAGAUCAGCACCAUAGUUCAUGAUCUACUUAACAGUACCAAUGAUAAGCAGAUAAAAUACGAG